AUGUCAGCGACCGAUUACUCCGUUGAUGCCUCCAGCAUAUCGCGACUUGAUGUGCAACCUUGGAAACAGACAGCACUCCGAGCCCGAGAAGUCUUAUCGAAUAGUAUUCCAGCCAAAUGGAAACUGCACACGAAUUUCGAAACACCAGACACUGAUUUUCCGCAUGCCGUUCUUGAUUGCGGUAUUUUGACCUCAAGACAAGUGGAAUUGACUCAAUUGACAGCCUCUGAAUUGCUGCCUAUGCUGCACACAGGGACACUGAGUGCAGCCGAGUUGACUGAGGCAUUCUGUGCUCGUGCAGCCAUUGCUCAACAACUGAUCAACUGCCUUACCGAUUUCUUCCCGGAAGAGGCGAUCGAAUCAGCCAAAGCGUUGGAUGCUGAAUAUUCCAAGACCCGGAAGCUUCGGGGACCUCUGCAUGGUCUUCCGAUCGCGAUCAAAGACACCUAUGCAGUCAGGGGCAAGAGAACCACCAAUGGUUGUGCUGCGUGGUAUGACAGCGAGCCUGCGGGCGAAGAUGCUGCUCUUGUGCAGGUCGUCAAGGACGCAGGAGCAAUCGUAUUUGCCAGGACAACGAUGCCACAAACUGGAAUGGCCUUGGAGACAGUCAGCCCUCUCUGGGGCCGUACACUCAAUCCGUACAAUUCAAGAUUCGGAUCUGGUGGCUCCUCUGGCGGCGACGGUGCUUUAGUCGCCAUGCAUGGGGCUCCUUGUGCGCCCCUGGCUUCCGAUAUUGGCGGUAGCAUUCGUGCUCCCGCUGCUUUCAACGGUCUCUAUGGUAUGCGACCAACAUCUGACAGGGUUCCUCGAACGGGGCUGGUGUCACAAAGACUGGGUCAAAUUUCCAUCAAAGCGUCGUGUGGUCCCAUCUGUCACAGCCUGAGCGACCUGAAGCUUCUUGUCAAGUUAAUACUGACACAUCCGACUCUGCCCUACGAGCCAACAUGUAUUUCAGGAUUCUGGAAGGAGACGCACCCUAAAAUAAAGCUUACCAUUGGUAUUCUCGCCACGGAUGGCAUUGUUGAUCCACACCCACCAGUUACUCGGGCUCUCAGAGAUGUCGCAACCAGUUUACAGGCAGCGGGACAUCAAGUCAUAGAAUUCACGCCCCCGAUAGAUCUUUGGAAGGCCGCGAUUACCACAUGGAAGCUCUAUUUCCAAAAUGGAGCCAUCGAGACCAAGGCGGCUCUGGCGGCGUCCGGCGAACCUUUGAUUGUCCAGUUCCGACAUUACCUCGAUACAUUCAACGUCCGUGAGCAUACGGUGUCGGAGAUUAGCGAGUGUCACAGGCAGCAAGCAGCUUACAAGAAAGCAUUUGUCGAUGCUUGGGAUGCCACGGCCAACGAAACCCAGACAGGCAUGCCGAUGGACUGUAUCAUCACCCCUUCUGCACCACUGGCUGGAUCGCCUCAUGACUUCCCCCUUUGGUGGGGUUACACAACGAUCUGGAACCUGAUAGAUUAUCCAUCGAUCAUCAUGCCGUUGAAAUCUUUUAGACUGAAUCCGAUAAAAGAUGCGAAAGACAUGAGCUACCAGCCUCGUGAUAAUCCAUUCGACAAGCCCAACUGGGAGAUCUAUGAUCCUGAGAUGUGGAAAACGCAGCCAAUGACCUUUCAAGUUGUUGGGAGGAACUGUAGGGACGAAGAACUAAUCAGUGCUGUAGAAGUCAUCGACAAUGUUACACCUCCCGAUGAACUCGCCAGGAAUACUGCAACACAGCGAGAGUGGUACUCUGCGGCGACGCUUGAACACCUCUUGCUGGACCUGUCGAAAGCAGCCCAUCCGAAUCAGCUCAAGUCUCCCAAGGCCCGUCGACAUCGCGCUACCCCUCGGGCCACUGUAAACUCUGCUCAGCCCGACGAUAAUGAAGGCGCCAUUCCGAUCUCUUCUUCUCUCAAUGUUUCUCCUAACUAUGAUAGUGGAAAUCUAUCCCGCUUCUUCGAGGCCGGUGUUAUUUCUUCACAGUGGGAAGGAUUCGAGGAAAAGGGGACAUUUCGAGACGUUUACAUCGGUACUGAUGUCGCCAACCUACACCAUCUCGUGCGUGAUCAUGAACUGCCUGGAAGUGGGUGCCUGUUCUAUCCCUUCCCUGCGAUUCGGGAUGAACUAUCUUGGAAACCAGCUGCUCAUGGCCCCUCGAUCUACCACUAUCUGCCAGCCGAGGCCUUGAACGACUUAAGCAGUUUUCCCGUCCGCCCCGUCCGGGAUGCUCUCGUCGACACGUAUUUCGAGGACAUCCACCCCGGGUUCCCGAUUGUGGACGAAGCCAGUUUUCGCAAAAGAUACAAAGACCCUGACAAUCCACCUGCGCUCGUCGUCUUCCAAGCGAUGCUUCUUGCUGCAGCUCGCAUCACAGACCAUCCUCAAGUCGCUGCGUCCCGUGAGAUGACGACAGCCGUCCUCUUCAAGAGGGCCAAGACUCUAUUCGAUCUCAGACACGAGCAUGACCGCGUCGAUCUGAUCCAGGCUGCCCUUUUGAUGGCAUGGUACACGGAUAGUAGUUCUGAUACUGUGGCCUCCAACGCGUACUAUUGGGUUGGCAGUGCCGUGCGUAUUGCAUUUGGCAUGGGUCUGCACCGCACCGCCUCACUUCGAUACGUACCGCCGAAUAGGCGGCGAUUCGACAGGAAAUACAAAAAGAUCUGGUGGAUUUUGUUGUACAGUGAGGUCAUGUUGGCUUUGGAGUACGGCAGGCCCAGUCUGAUUCGUGCCGACGAUUUUGACGUAGGCAUCUUGGAGGACGACGACUUCAAGAACAUGGACGACUCAGAGGAUCUUGCGGUGAAGGGUCGCUUCUGUUCCAUCCUGGGUGACAUCUCCAUAGUAGUUUUGGACAUGCUCAGUCUCCGUGGGCCGCGAGGCAGACCGACCCACGACAGCCUGAGCACAACAGCGGCAAUCGAACGUCAGUUGGCAGCUGUGGCUAUGCGCAUAGCUCCAACCCACGACGCCUGGUCUUGUCAACUCCGGAUCAUCUACAAUCUGGUUGCAUUGAUAUUCUAUCGAAACAAUAGCGACGGCGAUGAGGGAGCGGCGAAGCUCUGCUCCGAAGCAGCGUCCAACAUUCUGACCACUUUUGAAGCCAUGGUGGUGCACGGUACGAUCCGCCAAUGCCAUCUGAGCACCACCACGGCUCUGACAGCGGCUGCCAUCCAAUUCGCUCGCGAAGCCCGAUCAGCAACUGCCGCGGGGUCCAUCAUAAAGGCCGUCUCGGCUCACGGGCAGCUGGAAAGGCUUCUGGGUCCUGCAGAAGCACUUUCCCAAUAUUUUUCGCACAUCAAGGCCGUGUGUAAGCUCUGCAAGAGCCUGAGUGCGCGUGCCGAGCUCCUCAUCAAAGAGUCUCAGGAACCGAAUUCCAGGUUGUUGUCAACUGAUUCUCAAUUCCCACCCGACACCAGUAUUGACUGGGAAAGCAUCAUGACAAACUACCGUAUGCCGAAUAAUCUUGGAUUUAACGGCUUGGACUUGGGAGAUGAAGGCGAAGAAUGGUUACAUGACUUCUCGUGGGCCAAUGUCGACGACCCAUCCUACAACGGCACAGAUCAAUGA